AUGGAAAAUGAAUUAGUGAUUGACAAAAUGAAAAGAUGCCAUUUUGUAAUAAUUGGAAAUAGUAUUGUCUUUUUAUUAAUUAUAUCAAUAGGAAUUUCUAUAUAUUAUAAUAAGUCAUUGGUAGUUAGAAAUAAAUCACCUCGUAUUAUAAAUAAUUCAUUUUAUCGUAAUGGAAAUUAUGUACUUGUUGAGAAUUUGGAUAUAGAAAAAUAUGACCAUUGGCUUGAGGUAUAUUUAAGAUUGGAACCACAAGAUACUGUAAAUAAAAUUAUUGAGUUUAAUGCUCAAACACAAUUACAUAUAAUUCAAGGAAUAUAUGACAAUGUUCAUUUACAUAAUCAAACAUAUUCAACUAGGUGUUUUCUUAAUAAAUGUGAUGAUAUUAUAUUUGUUUCUGAUAACGCAGUUCAAGAUGGAGAAUAUUUGAUUAUUAUAUCAAUUGAAGAUAUUAAUAAUGUUUUUAAUACAACAGAUUAUAAAGUUUCUUUAAGUGUAUCAACAGCAAUUAGAAAUCAAACAUUGUUUAGUUUGAUUUUAACAAUAAUAUUAAUGUUUAUAGUAUUUAUUGCAUUUAUUGUUUAUUGUAGUAUUACAAUUUAUACUCACCAAUGGACAGUAUAUACUGGAUUAAAUACUCUAUUAUUAUUUAGUGUUAUUCUCUUUACUAAUCCAAUAAUUUCAUUAAGUUUUUAUAAAAACUAUACAUGGAUGGAUUAUUUAGAUAAUGUGUUAAUGGAAUUUUAUAUUUUUAUAGUAUUUAUUUGGAUAUUUUUUCAGGUUGAUCAUUUACGUUUUUUGGCAAUUAAGGAAAAGUAUCCAAUUCUUCAAUGGGGUUUACGUUCUAUCUUAUUUAUUCUAUACCUCUUUGCUUUACUGAUUUAUUUUUUCUCUAAUUUAGUACAUCAAUAUUCUCCAUUAGUUGCAACAACUACUCCACUUAUUAAUAAUUUUAAAUCUAUUAGAGAUCUACUUCAAUUAGUACUAAUAUUUUGGAUUCUUUUAAAUGAAUUUUUUUCUUUCACAGAAGUAAUGAAUCCAAUUAACAGAAAAAGAUUAAUAUUUUUAACUUCAUUCACAAGUAUUAUUAUUUCUGUCUGUUUACUACAAUUAUUUUUACAAACAAAUACUCAUAAUAAGGGACCAAUUCCAAUUUGUUUAAUGAAACUUGUAAAUACAUUUGUUGUUCUUAUUAUGUGUGUCUGUUUCCAUCAAAUAGAACUCUCUAAAAGUAGAUCUGGAUUUAAUUCUAGAGAAAUGAUUAAUGUUUCAGAAUAUGAAGAUUUUGAUUCAUCAUCAGAUGAUUUAGAUUGA